AAGAAGUGAUGUUUUGUGUCAUGCGCUGAAGUGAAAGUCUUUGCGCCUUUGUUCGCUGUCCAUCCUAUUUCAUGAUCAGACAAGGGUCGGAGAAGAAGCUGUUAUGCCUUCACGCGAUGCGUCCAGGAAAACGGCUUUUGGUGGUGUUGCUCGUGCUGCACUGGAGCGUUCGCGGCAGCUCGGGGACGGACGGCUCAACUGAGACUCAUCCACAAUGUGACACUGAUGGAUCGACUGUAAGAUGCACAUUGGAAGAGACCCAUUUGAUGAGCUCUGACCCUGUUAAACUGGAUUUCACUGAAGGACAAACUGUGGAAAUUUACAGUGCGUGUCAACAAAACCGCUCAGAUGGGCUUAAAUGUCUCUGCCACCACCAACGGAUAAAUUCCUCUAUGCGUGCAUUACAGCACACUGAGAGAUUUGGAAAUCGAACGUACACUUUAAUCUGUGGUAAUCAUAGUGUUACAGUUGUUCAGUCACCAAAAAGGAGGCCAUCGGUUCCAGUGCUCAAAGCUAUUGCAAAAGAAGGUUCUUCAAAUAUAGCUCUGUUAGUUUGUACUUCUGAGGGGAACCCAAUACCAACCAUCAGGUGGUAUGGUAUGAGGAAUACUCCAUGGGAGAGAAUAAAAAAUGAGUGGUAUAAGACAGAGAGCACUAUGAAGAGUCACAACUCUUAUCCUGAUAUAAAUAUAACGUGCUGUGCCAGUAAUUCACUGGGAGAAGAAUGUACUCAGCUUCAUCAUAUCGAUCUGAAAAGGAACAUGGAUGAGCCAAAGGCUCAGACAGUUUUCCUGAAAUCUGGUCAGUCUCUGCUACUCCGAUGUGCCGUGGACUCUCUGCCCAACCCUAAACUGAGAUGGCACUUCAAUAACACAGCAGUCAAGGGAAUCACUUCAUUACAUUAUACAUACUGGACAGAAUACUUCUCUGUCGAAUCAGUGAACGUGACACAUAGUGGGGAGUAUGUCUGCAUGUUUAAUAACAACCAAACUGGGAGAACCUAUGUCAAAGUCCUUGAAAAUGACAAAAUCGACAUAUUGAGGUUGAAUGACAACAACAGCAUACUAGCACAAAAUAAGAAAAGCUUCUGCUUCCAGGCUGUGGUGUUUUCUUACCCAGAAGCCCAAUGUCACUGGAUUACACCAAAUCAAACCAAAAUAUGCUGCAAAAAGACUCAUUACCAUAAUUUUAAUAGUAUAUUUGAGCUGUGUGACCCAGAACCAGGCCAAUAUCAAAUGAAACUAAAGAAUCAGCAAUAUAGUGUCAUAAGGAAUAUGUCACUCUGCAUUUCAGACAAUCCUAAAAUUACAAUACAAUUAGACGAAUAUACAAACAUUGUCUCUUGUGAGACUCAAAGCUCACUACCUGUGAAUGUAUCCUGGAACAUCUGCUCAUCACAUGCCAAUUGUAAUAAUCCUGAAGACUGGAAAGAGAUACUUGUUGCCCAGCCCAAGGUCACUGAUUCAGAUCAGUUCUGUCAGAAGAAAAUUAACUUUACCAGACGAUUGAACAGCGAGGACCGUCAUGUCAAAUGCUGCAUCACUAACAUAGCAGGGACUGAGUGUAGUGAACCAAAAGAGCAUCGAAUGAAUUUCCUCAGUAUUGAUUAUGUGAUUUGUUUCCUGAUCAUCUUUAUUCUCUUCAUGAUCAUCCUUGCCUUAAUCAUUUUCAUCAGAGUUAAGAAGCCUGGAUACCAGAGUCAGAUCCAGAUGAUUCAGAUGAUCGGACCCAAUGACAAUGACUACAUAUACAUUGAUUUCAGGGAGUUUAAGUAUGACCUGAAAUGGGAAUUUCCACGAGAAAAUCUUGAGCUUGGGAAUGAGCUGGGAUCUGGAGCUUUUGGGAUGGUUUUGCAGGCUACAGCAUAUGGCAUCAGCAAGCCAGGAGUGUCUAUUCAGGUAGCAGUAAAAAUGUUAAAGGAUAAGCACCAGACAGUGGAAAAGGAAGCUCUGAUGUCCGAACUGAAAAUGCUGACUCAUAUUGGACACCAUGAAAACAUUGUCAACUUGCUCGGAGCUUGUACAGGCUCAGGUCCAAUUUACCUCAUAUUCCAGUAUUGCUGUAACGGAGAUCUCUUGAACUACCUGAAGAGCAACAGGGAGCGUUUUCACAAAUAUCUGACAGACGCUUUCAACAGGGACAGAUUCAGAGGCCUCUACCACAACUUCCAGCAGAAGAGAAACUCCAGUGAGUAUACUGAACCUGAUAAUAACCAAUAUGUACACAUGAUUCCUGCAACCAAAGAACAGGAAAACGAAGCGCUCCUCAGACCCAGCAUCAGCUCAGUGUCUACUGUUGAGGAAUUGUUUGAAUGUGAAGACAACCAGCAAGAAGAGGAACUUCAGAGUCUCACCUAUGAUGAUCUUCUGAGUUUCUCUUUUCAAGUUGCAAAGGGCAUGGAGUUCCUGUCCUCUAAAAAUUGUAUCCAUAGGGACUUGGCAGCCAGAAAUGUUUUGGUGACGCAGGGCAGACAGGUGAAGAUCGGUGACUUUGGCCUUGCUAGAGACAUUGAACAUGAUUCCAACUACGUUGUAAGAGGAAAUGUGCGAUUGCCGGUGAAGUGGAUGGCUCCUGAGAGUAUUUUCAAAGGGGUUUACACAAUGCAGAGUGAUGUCUGGGCCUAUGGCAUUCUGCUAUGGGAAAUCUUUUCUCUAGGAGUCACCCCAUAUCCUGGUGUAACUGUGAAUGACAUAUUCUACAGAAUGAUUGAAAGUGGAUAUCACAUGGAGCAACCCUAUUAUGCAGAAGAAUCUAUUUACAAGGUAAUGUGUCGCUGCUGGAUGCUUGAUCCUGUCGACCGGCCUUGUUUCUCCAAGCUUGUGGCUUUCAUGGAAAAAGAGCUGGCUGCUUUGGAAGAGAGGCUGUAUUACAAUGUUGGAGGAUACUGCUACAAUGACAUAAUAUACCAGAAUGCACCUGUGACCCCUGAUGCGACAUCGAUGGAAAAAAACCAGGAUGUCUUCCAGUCCGACUCUGAGAAUUCAGAUGAAACAAAGCUGUGGACAACCCUGGAUCAGUAAGAACAGAAUCUGUCGUUUGAAUGAACGAGACCUUGCAUUAGGAAAACAUAACGCAUAACUUGUGUUUCCAUUAAUAGGUACUUACACGUAGCAUUUUUAACUUCUAAGAGAAAAUGUGGAAGGAAUUGGAAUUAAUAAUUUAUGUGCAUAUAUAAUAUGUUUAAUGAAGGCCUAUUAACAAAUUUUCAGUUUUUUCCAUGAGUGUUAACACUGUAAUUAAUAGCAGACAGUAUUUGAAUGUUGUUUUGUGCUGGAAGCUUCUUUAGGAACUUUAAAACAUAUAUAUAUAUAAAAAUAACAAACCUUCCCAAUUUUAAUUAGAAUUUUAGAAAUUGUACCUUACCACUGUAACAGCUGAAUAACCUGCUUCUGUACUCCACAAUGAAGGUUUACAAGUGAAGAGAAGUACAACAGAUUAUGAAUUCUUUAUUUUUGCUGCAGAUGAAGUUGCUGUAUUUUUAUAACAAAAACUUUAUUUUAUUUUCAUCAUAUUUAUUCAGUUAUCUUGGAGACAUAUAGACAUAUACGGUUUAAUCAUUAUUCUUUAAAUAGUAUUAUGUAAUAAGAACAGUAUACAGUAUGCUUAGUUAUGCUUUUAAUUUUCACAUUUGUGCAGACUUUUUAUAAACAAUGUUUAUAACUUACAUUUCAGUGUCUUUCUAACAGUCAUCAACUCAAAAUCAGCAAAGUUCAAACACCAUUACUGUUUAAGUUAAGCAUUUCUAACUUUUUCAGUCCACUGAGACAGUAAUUAAGUGGGGAUGAUAAUUAAAGGAGUUAAUAUAAGAUAGAUAAUUAAGGAGUUAUUUUAACGUGAGAUACAAACUGUAAAAUGUUUCUUAAAGCUAAUAAAUAUAUAUGCAAAAACAGCAAAUAAAACACAAUACAAAUUGUG